AUGUCGCACAUAAUCCUCACUGGCGCAACAGGCCUCGUUGGCUCCGCAGUCCUUCAACAUGCUCUUUCCUCACCUUCGAUCUCCAAAGUCUCCAUUCUUUCCCGACGGCCUGUUGCAGCUGCUGACGGAAACCCGAAAGCAAACGUCAUAAUCCACAAAGAUUUCACAUCAUACCCACCAGAGCUUCUACACCAGCUCUCUGGUGCGAGCGCAUGCAUCUGGGCGCAAGGAAUCUCCAGCAUGGGGAUGAAAGAAGACGAAUACACAAUAAUCACAAAGACAUAUCCAUUAGCUGCGGCAGAGGCUUUCAAAGGAAUUCCUGUAAAAGGGAAAUUUAAUUUUGUUUAUGUUUCUGGUAGCGGGGCAGACCAGAACGGAAAGGCUAGUCAAAUGUUUGGAAGGGUAAAGGGAGAUGCAGAGAAGCAAUUGUUGGGUAUUGCAUCAAGCAGGCCCACAUUCUCGGUUUACAACCUUCGACCGGCAGCAAUUGAUCCAGGCAAAACCUGGAUCGCAGAAAGGAAGCAAAAUUUGCUCGAAAAGGUAUUUUUCUCGGGAGCGGCGCCGCUACUAAGACCCUUUAUGUCUUCUAUUUUUAUUACUACAGAAAAGCUUGCUGAAGUCUCUGUGGCAUUAGCAUUGGGAGAUGGCGAAAAGGUUACAGGGAAGGGCAUUGACCCCGACGGAUAUACGAUUGAAAACAUCGGUAUUAGGAGGAUGGCGGGAUUAUAA